UUUAACUUUCGUGAUUAAUCGAUUAUCUUCGUGAUCUAUCGUUUAUAAAUGCCGCCUCUAUUUUCGUGGAGUGAAAACAAUGUGUGUAUGAGAGAAGCAAUGAUAACAACCUAAAAAACUGAUUCAUUACUUCACACCUAUCGAAGUUGUUUAAUUAUUAAAAUAUUUUUAAUAAUUUAAAUUAAAAAAUAAAUAUUCGCAGGUAAAAAGCAUUUUAAAUGUUAAUCAGCAAUAAAGCUUAAAUAAAAAAGUAAAGAUGAUUGCUAACUAUGUUGACGGUAAUACCAUAAAACACGACUGUAAAAUUGAUGGCUCUGUAGAUUAUUUUGGUUCUACUCAAUACUUUAUGAAAGCCCUUGAUUAUUGUUUGAUCACAUUAAAAGUCGAGUACGUUGCAGGAGAUAAAAACAUUUUGAUUGAUAUAAGAAAGGAUUAUAUUACUAAGCCUGGCACUGUUAUUUUUCAAGUAUUUGUUAACAAAUCCAGACAAUAUUCUGCUAUUGUUCAUGACUGGAUUGAAAAUCACAAGCUGGAGGUGCUAAAAGAUAGUAAAUUUAGCGCAUCUAUGAUUAUUAGUUGCAAAAUAAUUUGGUUAGGCUUUACGGAUAAAUCUAUAUCAUCAUCAUUAAUCAGUACAAACAAAGAUUAUUCUAUGUUUUACGUGACAAGUAUGUUAAAUGACAUAAAAUUAAUUGUUGGUGGAGAAGAAAUUACAUGUCAUAAAGUUAUUCUCGCUGCUCACAGUCCUGUUUUUCUAAAGGAGUUUCAGUCAAAUAACGGAAUGGAUCGUAUGAUUAUUGAGAAUGUUGAACCAGAUGUUAUGAAAGAGGCAUUGAGGUUUAUGUAUGCUGGUGAUACGUUAGCUGAAAAUAAUUGCGAACUUGCGUUAAGACUAUUGAGUGUUGCCGAACGAUUCAAGAUAACUAAAUUACAGAAUUUCUGUGGGCCAACUAUUUUUCGUUUUAUUAGUGUAGAAAACGCUAUUCGUAUUAUUUGUGAAGCUGAAAAAAAUAACGCUCUCAAAUUACGUAAAAUGACCUUAAAGUUCAUUAUCGAAAAUAUAAAGACUAUUGAAAUGCAAGACGAGUACAAAAAAUUAACGUUAGCCAAAAACGAAUUGUUAUAUGAAAUUAUUGAUGGCUUAAGAGAAACACGUUCAAAAAAAGCAAAAAGAAUCAAAAUUUGUUUUGCAUAAAUAUUUAGAAGUUUUUUGGUUUUUAAUUGUAUAUAUCUUAAGUAAGUUUUGUA